GGAAGAGAGAGAGAGGGAGAGAGAGAGAGAAUAUGAAUAACGGGCUCUGUGGGUGUGGGAGGAGAGGAGAUGAAUUAGAUUCAUGAACUCUGGUUCACGGAUUCAAACCGAGGCUUUAUUAUUUUUAUAAGGUGUGGGUCAUGCUGAUGUAGAUGAGUGAAUGAGUCUCCUCACAGGGAUCCAUUAGAAACCACAGGUACACACCCUGUAACCACAUCUCUCUCACACACACACACACACACAUUCCGAGUGCUAUGGCAAGUGUGUGUCCGUACGGACGGUUCACCCAUGCUGUGGUACGUGGUAUCCCUCAGUCCCCCAGUGUGGGUGGGGUGGAGGUGGAGGUGGCAAAGUUGCAGCGUCAGUACGGCGUGUUAGUGGGGACUCUGAGGCAGAAGGUGGGACUGCAGGUGCUGGAGAUCCCUGCAGACACACACACUAACACACACCUUCCUGAGAGCUGGAGGAUAGAGGACAUGGCCAUCAUACAGGGAGACACGGCACUCGUCACACAACCGCUCAACCAGGAGAGACGCCAGGAGGCAGAGGCAGUGAGGCGUGUCCUCACAGAGUUGAACCUGACCAUGGUGGAGAUGGAGGAUGAUGGAGCCACAUUGGAGGGCAGUGAUGUGCUCUUCACUGGGAAAGAAUUCUUUGUCGGCCUUUCCAAAAACACCAACCAGCGUGGAGCUGAGAUCCUCGCCAACACCUUCCGGGACUUUGCCGUGUCCACAGUGCCUGUUUCUGCUGGUACUCGUCUGAAGAACAUCUGCUCAAUGGGAGGUCCUGAGACCAUCAUCUUCAGUAAUAGUGAGGGAGCGAGGCGGACACUAAGGGUAAUGGAGCAGUUGACCGAUCAUCACUAUGACGUGUUGUCUGUACCGGAGGACGCUGCAGCUAACUGUGUGUACGUGCGCGGUGCAGGUGGAGCGGAUUAUCUGCUCCACCCCACGCAGGGCGAGUGUCCCAACAGUGUCUCUGCCUUCCAGAGGUUUCCGGGCUACAACCUGCUCCCUACAGCGUGCAGUGAGGCCUCCAAACUCGGAGGGGCGCUGUCCUCAUUCUGCCUGCUCAUCAACAGGAAACUCCCUUACUAACACCACACACACUUCACAUCUGUCUACGCUUAUAACGUUUGUGUUCAUCUGCUACGCCGACAUGCAUCUGCAAACAUGCUUCACAAUUUUGAUAUAUUAAAAUCCAGGCCUCCAUGUUACUGUGUGUACAUUAACAAAUAAAAAGAAAUCAUUUCAGU